GGUGGGUUGUUAGAGGACCAGAAAGCAGGCCGCUGCGGCAGGAUGGAUUGGACCAGGGUAAAUAAUGUAGAGAUGAGCUCAGUGAGUUGACUGGCAGACUGUUUAGAGAAGGAGUGGGCACGUUUUUCCUGUAAAGGGCCAGACAGUAAAUAUUUGUGGUUUCGUGGGCCCUCCGGCCUCAAUUUUGACCUUGCAGCUUGAGAGCAGCCAUAGGCUGUCUGUAAAUGGAUGAGUGUGGCUCUGUCCCACUCAAACUUUAUGUCUGGGCACCGAAAUGUGAAUUUCACAUGACUUUCAUGUGUCACGAAAUAGCAUUCUUUUUUUUAUUUUCUUACCUCCAACCACUUCUAAGUGUAAAAAGUCAUUCUGAGCUCUUGAGCCAGACAUAACCAGGCAGGGGUGGGAUUUGGCACGGGACCACAGUUUGCAGAUCCCUGGCCAUAGAACUUCCUGCGUUUUAUGCUGAGUGAGGUCGCUGGAGGCUUUUGAGCAGGAGAGAGAGAGGAUCUGAUGCAGGCUUUAGGAAGUUGGUGGCCAAGGGACAAAGAGGACGAGGACAGAAGCCAGGAGACCAGAGAAGGGGUGUCCCCCAGAUGGAGCCCUCAGUGAUGGGACUGGACCACGGUAGCUACUGUUUAUUAUGAAACCCAUUUCCUGGAUGAGGAAAGUGAAGUCCAGAACAGGUAAGUAUCUUGGCUGAGUCACAUAGGUGGUACAUGCAGGGGGUACAGAGGGCAGGUCCCUGGAUUCAAAUUCAGGUUUGUCAGACUGCAGAGCCCCACUGGCCCAUUGAGUGAAUGAAUGAAUGAAUGAAUGGAUGAAUGAGUGAAUGAUGGAUGAGUGAGUGCAUGAAUGAUGGAGCUUAUGAAUGAAUGGGUGAGUAAGUGGGAUGGCAGGGUGGCAGUGGGAGGCUUUGUCUGUCCACGGCUCAGGUCUGGAGUCACCUGUGACCCCUGGCCAGCUUGGCUGCUGGGAGGAGGUGGAGACCACGCAGGCAGGCGCAUCCAUAGCGCUCCCGUGGGCAGCCUGCGGGGGUGAGUGAGCCAGGUCCUCCUCAGAGCAGCCAGGGCGGUGCCCCUCCCCCAGAGCCCAGACCCCUCCCUGGCUCUCCCCUCAUGGUGGGGGAGGGGGCACGGGGAGGGGGGCACGUGGUGGAGGGGGCAGUGCUGGGUUUGGCACAUAGCGCCAGCCCCUCAGACCCUUCCCGCUCCUCCGGCCUGAUCGCCUCCCGGAGCCCGGCUACCCGGCGCUCUGGACGCCAUGAAGCAGCUGUGUCUGUGUGCUGCCACCUCCUUCACGUUGCGGCUCAGCCCCACUGACCUCGGCUCCUGCCCGCCCUGCGGCCCCUGCCCCAUCCCAAAGCCUGCAGCCAGAGGCAGGCGCCAGAGCCAGGACUGGGGCAAAAGUGACGAGCGGCUGCUGCAGGCUGUGGAGAACAAUGACGCCACACGGGUGGCGUCACUCAUCAUCCGCAAGGGGCUGGUGCCCACAAAGCUGGACUCCGAGGGCAAGUCCGCAUUCCACCUGGCGGCCAUGAGGGGUGCAGACAGCUGUCUGGAGGUGAUGCUGGCACAUGGCGCCAAUGUCAUGAGUACAGACGGGGCAGGUUACAGUGCCCUCCACCUGGCGGCCAAGUAUGGGCAACCACAGUGCUUAAAGCAACUGCUGCAGGCGUCCUGUGUGGUGGAUACUGUGGACAGCAGUGGGUGGACGGCCCUGCAUCACGCAGCGGCGGGUGGCUGCGUCUCCUGCUCAGAAAUGCUCUGCUCCUUCAAGGCACAUCUGAAUCCCCGAGAUCGGUUGGGUACAACACCCCUCCUCAUAGCAGCUCAGAUGUGUCACACAGAUCUGUGCCGCCUCCUCCUGCAGCAGGGGGCUGCCGUGAAUGACCAGGACCUGCAGGGCAGGACGGCCCUGAUGCUGGCCUGUGAGGGAGCCAGCCCCGAAACUGUGGAGGUGCUGCUGCAGGGCGGGGCCCAGACUGGCAUCACCGACGCGCUGGGCCAGGAUGCUUCUCACUACGGUGCCCUGGCAGGGGACAAACUCAUCCUGCAACUCCUGCAGGAAGCAGCUCAGCGCCCCUCACCACCCAGUGAGGAUGACUCAGGCGAGGCAUCAUCUCAGAACUCUGUGUCCAGCCAUGAAAAGCGAGGGGCCCCUAAGAAGCGGAAGGCACCUCAGCCCCCCGCCAGUGUCCCUGUGCCGGAUGAUCGUGAUGCCUAUGAGGAGAUUGUGCGGCUGCGACAGGAGAAGGGCCGACUGCUUCAGAAGAUCCGGGGCCUCGAGCAGCACCAGGAACGGAAAAAGCAGGAGCUACCAGAGGCAGAGGCCAGCUCCCUUCACAGCCUGGAGAGACAGGUGCAAGAGUUGCAGCAGCUGCUGGCGGAGAAGCAGGAGGAGAAGGAGAGUCUGGGACGGGAGGUGGAAAGUUUGCAGAGCCGACUGUCCCUGCUGGAGAACGAGCGGGAAAACACCAGCUAUGACGUGGCCACCUUGCAGGAUGAGGAGGGUGAGCUACCCGACUUUCCAGGGGCCGAGAUGCUGCUCUCCAAGCAGCUAAGCCCAUCAGUCCAGGAGCUCUUGACCUCGCUGCAGGAACAGGUGGCCGUCCUCACCAGACAGAACGAGGAGCUGAUAGAGAAGGUCCAGAUCCUAGAGUGCUUUGAGAAGGAUGAGAUGGAGGCGAAUGGUUCAGCUGAGGUCAUCCCUCUGGCCCUCUACAACUCUCUCCGGACUGAGUUUAACCAACUGCGCAGGCAGCAUGCUGAGGCCAUGCAGGCACUGGAACAGCAGGAGGUACAGGGGACCCCCAGAGAAGAGAAGGCAGCCGCUGGGGAGCACAAGGACACACGAGACAUGACCACCAGAAAUGGGCCAACAGAAAUGGAGCUUAAUGGCACUGUGGCUCCAGAAACCAAGGUUAAUGGAGUGGAGACCACAGAUGAUGAGACUGCAGGCGGUGAAACUGUAGAAGCCAGGACUUCGGAAGUAGCUUCCAUGGGGGCUGAGGCCACAGAAACAAAACCCAUGGACACCGAGGCCACAGAAACUGAGGGUGCAGGAGCUGGAGCCUUGGAAACACAGGCCACAGAGGCUGAGGCCACAGAAACAAAAGCUCCAAAAGAAGGAGGAAACCUGGAGACAGAGGACACGGGAGCAGAGGCCACAAAUAGGAAAGCAGAGGAACCAGACACGAAAGCCAAUGGAGUGGGAAUUGUGGAGGGAGAGCUCACAAGCACGGAGACCAUGAAGGUGGAGGCCACCUCCCCAAGUGUCCCCACUGACUCUGUCCUAUACUCUGGUGCUGCCGAGGCCUCGGAAAAGCUACAGACCGAGCUGGAGACCAGGAUUCGUGGCCUGGAGGAGGCGCUCCGACAGCGGGAGCAGGAAGCAGCCACAGAGCUGGAGGCAGCCCGUGGCAAGUUCGAGGCGGAGGGCAGCAGGGCUGGUGGGGGAGGCAGCGGUGAUACGGUCCAACUGCGGGCUGCGCUGGAGCAGGCGCGGGAGGACCUCCGAGACCGGGACUUUCGCCUCCGAGAGCUGGAGGGCACCUCCGCCUGGCUUGAUGAGGCCCGGGCCAGCCGGCUGCUGGCUGAGGAGGAGGCCCGGGGCCUACGGGCAGAGCUGGCUCGACGGGAAGAGGUGCGGUUGGAGCAGAUUCGGGAGCUGGAGGUGCUACGGAAGCAGCUGGCCACUGCCACGGCCACCGGUGAACAGCAGCGGGCAGCAGCUGCCGAGCUGGGCCAAGCACGGGACAAGGCUGAGGCCCGGGCCGCUGAGUUGGCCGCAGCCUGCGAGGAGGCUCGGCAGGGCCUGGCAGAGCUGCGCGAGGCCUCGGAGGUGCUCCGCCAUUCGGCAGUGCCGGCCUCUGAGCAUCACCGGCUGCAGGAGGAAGCCCUUGAGUUGCGGGGCCGGGCAGCCAGCCUAGAACAGGAGGUGGUGGCCAUAGGCAAGGAGAAUGCCCGGCUGCGGGCAGAGCUGGAGCGAGAGCGUGUGGGCAGCGUGGCCCGCAUGGAGCACGAGCGCAUAGUGGGUGCAUUGCAGGCUGAUGUGGCCCGGCUGGAGGGGCAGCUGGAGGAGCUAGGACGCCGCCAUGAGAAGACCAGCGCUGAGGUCUUCCAGGUGCAGCGGGAAGCGCUGUUCAUGAAGAGUGAACGACACGCAGCCGAGGCCCAGCUGGCCACGGCAGAGCAGCAGCUGCGGGGGCUACGUACUGAGGCAGAGCGGGCACGCCAGGCCCAGAGCCGUGCCCAGGAGGCCCUGGACAGGGCCAAGGAGAAGGACAAGAAGAUUACAGAGCUCUCCAAGGAGGUCUUCAGUCUUAAGGAAGCGCUGAAGGACCAGCCAGCAGCCCCAAGCAGCCCUGAGGUGGAGGCCCUCCGUGGCCAGGUGAAGGCUCUCCAGGGGCAGCUGGAGGAGGCUGCCAGGGACCACAGUGCAGUGGUGGCCUUGUACAGGAGCCACCUCCUAUAUGCCAUUCAGGGCCAGAUGGAUGAAGACGUGCAACGGAUUCUGAGCCAGAUCCUACAGAUGCAAAGGCUUCAGGUUCAGGGCCGCUGAGCCUCAGAACACUGAC